GACAGAAAUAAGUCUUAAAAAAUGCAUAUUUCUCAUAACUCAAGAAGUUAACGAUAUCAAUCAUUUUCCAAACAAGUAAUUUUAAUCCUGAUAAAUAAAAUCUCCAAAACAUUCAUGCAAGUCAUAUUUUCAUUUGUCGCAAUUUCAUCGAUAAACUCAAUUCGAAUGAAGUACAAUAACAAUAACGCCACAUUUACUGUAAACUAGAAAUUAUCUUGGGAAAUUUUACGAGUGAAUUUGAAGAUUCCAACGCUGCAGGUGUUAUAAAAUUACGACGCAGCUAUGUUGUAAUUUGCUUUUCCUCGCAUUUUAAAAUGUAUUGAUGUAAUAUUUUGCUACAUUUCAUUUCAAAAUGAAUGCUCAUUUUUUCAAGUACUGAACGCGAACAAAAACUCUUUUAAGCCUGUAAUAUUUUAGAACUUUUGAAUCAUAUUUAAGUUGAAAGCGCUUAAAGAUCUCAGAAAAAAGGCUUUGGAAGAAUCUUUACAAAUGUUCUGGUGGAACAGUAAAUCCUAUGUUCUACCAAGUUUAGAACAAAAAAUCAAAGCCUUAGUUACAACUGAAAAAAACACGUUCGAAGUUUUCAAAGUAUUACUGCUAGCAGUAAUUUCAGGAGUAUUUUACUCCUGUACAGCUGUAGUAGUCAAAUACGUCGAUAAUUUAGAUCCUGGACAACUGUGUCUUUAUCGCCAUGUCGCAAUUUUAUCUUUAAACCUUCCAGAAGUUAUCAAAUGUCGCCAAGCAAUCUUUUUGCCUAAACAUUUCCGUGUGCUACUAAUAAUCAGAAGUAUAUGUUCGGCAACGCAUAUAUUGGUCAGUUAUCAUGCUUUUCGCCGCUUACCACUUGCAGAAGCGAAUGUGAUUUUAUUCAGCAUUCCUGCCUUUGUAACCGUGGCCGCGAGGAUUUUCCUAAAGGAACCAUGUGGAAUAUUCCAAUCGAUAUCUGUGCUCUUCACUGUAAUUGGCUUAAUUUUUACUGCCAAAAUACCCAGUUACUUUUCUGGCUCACCUAUUGUUCAUUCAAAAGAUUACAUACAGGGUCUUAUAUUUGCUUUCUCGGGAAUCAUCUUUGAUACUACUCAAAUAAUACUCUUAAGAAAAACGAAAGAAAUUCACCAUGCAACAAUCUUAUCCAAUUUAGGUAUCAUAGCUAUCAUUGAACUAGCUUCUGUUACUGCCAUCUUUGGUGAUUUCAAGUGGAAUGUGUGCGGUUGGCAGAAUCUGUACAUAAUUAUUCUUGGAAUAUUUAGUUACUUAGCUCACGCAAUGAUGAUCAGAGCUUUCCAGUGCGAAUUUGCUGGACCAGUCGCUACUGUCAGGGCUGGGUCAGAUAUAGGAUUGUCCUUUAUAUGGCAGACAUUUUUGUUUAAAGCAAUUCCAGACACUUUCAGCAUCAUAGGAGCUUUCUUAGUUAUGGUAUCCAUAUUUUUGGUUGGAAUUAGGAACUGGGUGUCCAGUCUACCGAAUAAUUCUCCAAAAUUGAAGCACUUAAAAUGGAUUUUGAAGUAAAUUUUUAGAAACUUGGUGCUUAAUACUUCUCUGGCUCACCUAUUGUUUAUUCAAAGGAAUACAUAUGAAGUCUUAUAUUUGUUUUCUCUGGAAUUAUUUGUGAUUCCAUUCAAAUAAUACUCUUAAGAAAAACGAAAGAGGUCCAUUAUACAACUGUCUUACAAUUUUAGCGACACAAUAUGAUUUAUUUCAAACAACGUAGACUAAAAUUCAAUGUUUAUUUCUAGUCUCAAAUCACUUGUGCGAUUGUUAUGAAUUAUAUGAGAUAUAUCUUUAUAAUUCUCUGUUGCUGCCAUCAUCAACUGCACAGUGCGAAGAAAAAAUGAAUACCUUGAAUAACUUUUCACCUAAUUAUCGGGUUUUCACUUACUAGAACUCAAUUUUAAUGGUUUUUAAGGUGACCUACAAUAAGCUAAUUAGUUAGUACAAACGAUAUUUUAAGUUACGACAAAGACAAGUACGUACUAUUUUUGAAUAAACAUGCCUUUUUUUCGACGGAUUCGUAUUCUUGACCCUCAAACUGUUGGGCGUAGCCGUAAUUUAGGAAAUAUGGCCCUAAUAGUUUAGUCAGGAGAGCGGUUGAAAGUUUGUAUAACUUAAUAAUCAUUUUAUUUUUUGCGUAUUUUGUCAUAUCUAGAAUUUUCAAAGAAAAGCAUAAAACCUUUGAACGGAAUUAUGAAAUUCGUACAUGCCAAGAUAAUUCUAAGCAA